AAUGGCGGACAAAUCAAGCAGAUCACUUGUGUUGUACGGUGACGGCUUGGCUCGAUUCGUUGACACGUCACGUACCCACAUUCAUUCUCUCGCCUCCGUAGCUAGCUGCGGCUUCUUGAGCCUCCCUCAUGCGCCUCCAGAAGAAACAGAGAAGGAAAGGAUAGUUCGAGAAUUCUCCCAGUUGCUGGAUGCUUCAGAAGCUUAUUCUAUAGCUAGUGGAUUAAAUGCUAAGGGAAGUGAACAUCAAAUCUCAACUUUGGAUCAAAGGUUUAUGGGGCUCAGGGCUGCUUUAGUAACGGACUGUUCUACUCUGACUUCUUUCGGAAAACUGAUUGGCUUAGAUAUAUUACAACUUACUGAAAUAUGCCAAAAGAGUGAUGAUUCCUUUCCUUCUGACGCCACAGCAUCUGAAUUACUAAGGCUGCUUGGAUUCGAAGGAGGAAAGUGGUUGGAUGUGGUGAGCCUAUACGACACGGUUUUUGUGCAUAUAGGUGGUGAUAACAUGGGAAUGCUCGACUCUUUGAUCGGUAGUAUCAUGAAAAUGGCUCACCCGGGUUCAGAGUUUGCUCCUCGCUUGCAUCUCUCUGUUGUUCUCAGCUAUGGUUCUGUCACAGACAAGGAUGUUUCAGUUUUUCCUGUCAAGACUCCACAAGAUGGUAUUAAGCACGACGCGUUUGCAGGACUUGUCCCGCGUCAGAGCUACACCAUGCGAGGUGAAAAGACACGUGAUGAUGUUAGGGACUACUGCCCUAUGUUGGUAGCUCAAUGGCAAGAUGGGGUGACUCGGAGAGAUUUAGUUGAUACGUUUUCAUUUGAAGCUCUCAAAAAGCUCUCUGGAAAUCUUGUUAUACCGGCUGAUCGGUUCAUCCAUGAAGUUGCUUUCAAACUUUGGAAGGCCCCAAAAUAUGGAGCUUAAUCAAAAAAAAAAAACACAACAAAUGAAUAAGACAACACCCUCUUUCCUCUGUUGGUGUUGAUUGUGGAUUGAUCUCAAAGUUCCUAAGCUUACAUAAAGGGAAGAAAUAAAACAUUGUUAAAAAAAGAAAAGAAAUAAAACAUUGUUUUCUUUCUAAA